AGCUGCCUGUUCAUGCACAAAAAAAGCCACACACUCUAUCGGCAAUAUUCCGUAUCAUGCCUAAAUUUUCAGGAACGUGAUUUAAUUUUCUUUCUAAUUCCACCAGGCAGAAAUAAUACACUCAAUUUAAUUAAUUAAACACUGAAAAACAUAAAUUUGUAAAUUUUAAACACCAAAUAAUCAAAAUUCAAAUAUGUCUCGAAUAGCAAAUGGCAAUGUUCAGAUAAAAAUAGAGACCAACGAGCUCCAGACAUACUUGGAUACAUUUAAUAAAGAAAUCGAAGAAGGCAGUCGUAGUGUUAGUAACACCCUCGUUGAUCCUGCCGAUUUAUUGAAUGCGCAUGCUAACAGUGAUGACGAAGAAGAAGAAGAAACAGGAACAUACUUUGUUGAUGAAGCCGGUAACUAUUAUUAUCAAGCGACCAAAGAUGCAGAACCAGUACCUACAGAUCCACCAGAAAAUGUUCACAUUGUUGGUGAGGAUAGUGACAGUGAUGGAGAAGAAUUCACAUUACCAAAAACAACACAAAGUAAAAAUCGUAAAUCAUCCACAUCUACCGAUAAAAAUGCUUCUAAAAAGCUUAAGACCAAUGAUUCAAAUGUUGAUUAUGUGCAUUUAGGAUAUACACUUGGCGAGAAUGAUGUAGAAGUCGAUGACAUAAAUGAAAGUGAAAAUGGUGCCAAUAACGAGGAAGAUGAUGAAGAGGGUAAUGACGAGGAAGAUGACGAAGUCGGUGAUAAUGAAGAUUUUGAUGACAAAGAGAUUUUCGAUUUUGACGAAAAUGAAGAAGGCAGUGUACGACGCUCAGAUUUACGCUUAUCUGCAAAAGUUGUCCAUUUAAGUACGAAAAAUGGCAAAACAGCAACUCACCUAUGUCCCCAUUGCGAAUAUGUGUCUCCAAAAAGAUAUCUAUUAGCUCGUCAUAUGAAAUGCCAUUCGGACGAACGCCCAUUCAAGUGUUCAGUUUGUGAACGGGGUUUUAAGACGAAUGCUUCGCUUCAGAAUCACGCCAAUACUCAUACCGGUAACAAACCUUACAGGUGUAAAAGUUGUUCAAGCACUUUUACAACAUCUGGAGAACUGGUACGUCAUGUUCGGUACAAGCAUACCCAUGAAAAACCACACAAGUGUUGCGAAUGUGAUUACGCCAGUGUAGAAUUAAGCAAAUUAAAGCGGCACAUUCGAUGUCAUACUGGAGAGCGUCCUUUCCAAUGCCCUCAUUGUACUUAUGCAUCACCAGACACUUUCAAGCUAAAACGUCACAUGCGCACCCAUACGGGAGAAAAGCCAUAUGAGUGUGAUAUUUGUCAUUCCAAGUUCACUCAGUCAAAUUCACUUAAACAACACAAACUUAUCCACAGUGUGGGUGAUAAACCUGUGUUCCCGUGUCAUCUCUGCCCAACGACUUGUGGCCGAAAAACUGACUUGAGAAUACACAUUCAAAAAUUGCAUACAUCUGACCGACCUCUGAAUUGCAAGAGAUGCGGCAAGUCUUUUCCAGAUCGGCACACCUAUAAGGUGCACUCUAAGACCCACGAUGGUGAGAAAUGUUUCAAAUGCGAUUUGUGUAACUAUGCUUCGAUAUCUCAACGGCAUUUGGACUCGCAUAUGUUGAUUCAUACCGAUCAAAAACCAUUUGAGUGCAAGCUUUGCUGCCAGAGUUUUAGACAAAAACAGCUUCUGCGGAGACAUCAAAAUCUCUAUCACAAUGAGAGUUACGUCCCACCACAACCACAGGAAAAAACUCAUUCAUGUCCCGAUUGUCAGCGUGCAUUUAGUAGAAAAGGAAAUCUUAUGAGGCACAUGGCUACACAUGACCCAGAUUCAGCGUUGAAUGGAGAGAAACAACAGAUAAAGAUGGAACGAGUAAUUCGAGGGGAUAACGAUGAUGGAACUUUGGAAGUACUGAGCGAAGUUGAGGAAAAUGAAGAAGAAGAAGAUGGAGAUGAGGAAGGUGAUGGAGAAGUAGAUUAUGAAGUUGAGGAGGAAGAUGAACAGAUGGAAGAUGAAGAGGCAAUGGAAACAUAUAUCGAAACAAUAGCCGCUGACAUAACCAAUUUCGAGGAAGUUAUAAUUAAGAAAGAGGAAGAAAGAGAAGAGCGAGAUCUAGUGUCAAUCGAAGGAUUAGAUGAUCAGCAAUACAUGGUCGUGGAAAUUAUUCAAAGCGAUGAUGAAAAUGAUUUACAAGAAACGGCUAUUAAAAAUGAGCUCGAUGAUGAUGAAUUUGUUAUUUCAGAACUCACAGACGAUGGGGUAAAUAUAAUUAAAGGAAGAAAAAACCAGAACGAAGCAAUGGAGGAUUUUGGAUUUAGUGAAUCAGAAGAAAUAUUAGAUGAAUCAAAUCAUUCAAAUGUGCAUGGCGAUUGUAAAAGUGGUAUUGAGUUGCUGGAAAUAUUACAAUAACAAAAACAAGUUGUGUAAAUAUGUAUUUAAUUUUUCUCAGGUUCAUAGUUUUUUGGAAUUAAUUUUAGCUUUAUUUUUAACCAUUUCAUAACAAAUAAUGUAAAAUGCGCUGUUAUUAUUUGUAAUAAUAUAAGCGAAGUUUUAUUGAAAUAAAUCAUAAAA